AUGGUGGAAUCCGCGAUGAAUCCCUCAGCAGCGUUGGUGGGACCACCGUCGUGGCACGUGCAGUUGAUACGGCAUAUUUCCACGCUGCCCCUCUGCUCGUUUGCGGGGAGCAGCCGAUUGCGGUGGCAAGACGACUCGAUUGGACACAGCAGUAGCGGCGUGCGCAGGAAAGGGUCGGCCCGAUGGAGACUGAGGCCUUCAGCAGCAGCAGCUGAUGCAGGAGCAGACUACGGAAGGCGGCUUGACAAUCCCCGCCGCCCGGUGCCCAACGAGUACCUGGCUGGGUGGGCCUUGACACAAAACGAUACAGCCUGCCUGCAGCAGUUCCAAGACAUGGGUUACACAGACUGUGAUGACCACGAGUCGUCACCCGAAGAAGCGAAAGGAGAGAAGGCAGGGUUCCGUUUGUGGGGGGAGGCCACGAAGGCGUUGAUGGACCGGGUGGACAUUGUACACGAUCUUGACCAGAGGAGGCUCGCGGCUUCGCGCUACUGGCAGCGGUUGCAGAGCACCCCGCCAAAGGAAGCACCCGCAUCCAACACCGGCAACAAAGGGAAAUUUACCGACCUUGACCUCUCUCCUGGUCUGGCCGCGCCAACUUGGGCAGACGUAAAUGCUCUUUUCGAGAGCGACGACGGCUUUGUACGGCGAGAAAGCGAACGAUACAUCGAGGAGGCGAGGGACGGCAUGCCUUCCGAAGGCGGGUGGAGCGGGGAUCGGGUGUCGCGACAGUGGGUGGCGAGCUACCGACUUUCGGUCUUCGAAACCCGUAGGCAGGCCCAGCGGUUUUUCUCUUGGGGUAUCCCUGACGAGGGGAAUGAAACAACCUUGAACCACUUCUACGCCAUUUGUCUUUGCCUGCUUUGCUGGAACGCCCUUGCUAAUAGAGCUCUGGACUGCAUCCUGGAGCCUAGAAAGCGGGUCCUAGAGGUCGGAAGCGGCCUGGGCUACUGGGCCUACCUCUUGAAGCUGCGAAGCGGAGAUGACUCUCGCGUGCGCUGCUUCGACCCGUUCGCCCCACCAGCCCGUCAACGUACCGAAGUCUCCACCACCGAGGACGAAAGUGGUUAUUCGGUCGAAGAAGCACCACCCCGCUCGAUCGACAACGCUCCCUCACCGGAACCAAUCAGUAUGCCAGAAGAAGAGGUCGACGACUGGUUUGGGGAGGGGCGAGAACCCUUCUCCCCGGCGGAGCGCGGGUCGUUCGACCGAAUUGCCCGCGAGGACGGGUUCCGGAACUGGUCGCUGCUCAUUUGCUGGCCGAGCGACGGGCAGUGGCCGGCCGGCUGCCUGCAGGAGUUUGCAGGGAACGACUUCUUUUACGUGGGGGAGGGAGAGGGUGGCGCGACACGCAUGCCUUGGCGGGUGUUGAGGGAGGAGUGGGAGAUCGUGAGACGCGUGGAGAUACCCACGUGGCCAGGAUUCCGGGACGCGCUCUGGUGGUACAAAAGGAAAGAACCGGACGCCUUGUCGCGGGACCGAUAGGAUUACUCUCCCUACACUCUUUGGGGAGCAACAAACGCACAUGACGAAUGCUGAUGUCGAUGGUUAUUUGGCCCAGAAUU